CGCGCGCGUCCAGUCGCCCAGCUGCCCCCAACCUGCCUCUCGGCGGCGGGCAGGGGGCGCUGCGCGUCCGGGUGCCCCGAGGGGGCGGGCCCGGUUGGGGCGGGGCCGGCCGACUUCCAGGCCUGGGCUCUGGCCGCCCGCGCCGCCCGGCCGCUCCGGGGACGGGCCGGGGCGGGGCGCGGCGGCAGGAAGCGGGGCGGGGACUCGCGGAGGCGUUGGGGGAGCGAGGGAGGGCGCGACCAACUCCCGGAGGGACGACGGGCCGAGAGAGCGGCGCCCCGGCCUGGCGCCGAGCCUGAGCCCGCCGGACGGGAGGCGGCCCAGCCGCGGGCUCGGCCUGGGCCCCAGCCCCGCCAGCAUGGCCGGCCGGACCGUGCGGGCCGAGACCCGGAGCCGGGCCAAGGAUGACAUCAAGAAGGUGAUGGCGACCAUCGAGAAGGUCCGGAGAUGGGAGAAGCGCUGGGUGACUGUGGGCGACACUUCCCUUCGUAUCUUCAAGUGGGUGCCAGUGGUGGACCCCCAGGAGGAGGAGCGCCGGAGGGCAGGUGGAGGGGCAGAGAGAUCCCGAGGCCGGGAGCGGAGGGGCAGAGGCGCCAGUCCCCGAGGGGGAGGCCCUCUCAUCCUGCUGGAUCUCAAUGAUGAGAACAGUAACCAGAGUUUCCAUUCGGAAGGCUCCCUGCAGAAGGGCACGGAGCCCAGCCCUGGGGGCACCCCCCAGCCCAGCCGCCCUGUGUCACCUGCUGGACCACCGGAAGGGGUCCCAGAGGAUGCUCAGCCCCCACAGCUGGGCCAGGAGAGAGAUCCUGGAGGCGUACCUGCGGGCAGCACGGAUGAACCCCCCAUGCUGACCAAGGAGGAGCCUGUUCCAGAAUUGUUGGAGGCUGAGGAUUCGGGAGUGAGGGUGACCAGGAGAGCCCUUCACGAGAAAGGCCUGAAAACAGAGCCUCUCAGGCGGCUUCUUCCCAGGAGAGGCCUCCGGACAAACGCCCGGCCCAGUUCCGCGGGGCCGCCGCCGCCGGAGCCCAGAGCUCCCGGGGGAGGAAGCAAGGCCCCGAGGGCACCCCGGACGAUCCCCCAAGGGAAGGGGAGGUGAGCCGGCUCCCCAGGCAAGGCGAGGCCCCGAGGCUUCCCUUGGCCGCCCCAAGAUCCAGCCACCCACCCGCUCCCCCCCGAGGGCGCAGAGAGCUUCCCAGCUCCACGGCCACCGUGGGAUCAUCGGGGGCACGCGACCCCAGCCUGCCCCGAACCUAAGGUCACAGCACCCGUCUGGCUCGCCACCGCCACCGACACCCGCACAGAGCAGGAUCAACGGCCCCCCAAGUGCGGGAAAAGCUCUGGGCACAAUCUGACCCCGUUGAGCGCCUGAGGACGCAUCGCAGCCAGAGUGCGGGCGGGGCGCCGGGCCUCCACCCGGGAAAGGGCAGCCCGGGACGCGCCCCCUCUGCCCCGAGGCGGCGCGCGGAGACCCUGCACCACAUGCCCUCCCCACUCCCUCCCUCCGGCCUCCCCGGAGGCCAAGCUAGCGGGUGGGUUCAUCCCUCACCUGACGACCGACCUGCAGCAAGACCUCCCCGAGGGGCCAGCCUCCCCGCAGGCCCCUGUGGGUACGAAGAAACCGACCUGGGCGGCCGGGGAGCGCCCAGCGCUUCUGGCACAGCCCCAGCGGACCGGAAAAUCCCCACCUGGAGAAGGCCUAGGGCCUUUGAGCGGCUCACUCGCUGCACUGCUGGGCCUGUCCUAGGAAAUGUCGACGUCUCCGGUUGAUUGAGGGCUUACCCCGUGCCAGGCCUUGCGAUUUUUGAGAAUGAUCUCAUUCAAUCCUCACCAUAUCCCUGGGCCAUUGCUGUUCUCAUUACAUUUUACAGAAGGAGAAACUAAGUCUCAGAGAGGUUAAGGCGUCAGCUUAAAGUCACACAGCCAGAAUGUGGCGGAACCAGCAUUCAGACCCAGGUCUGCCUGCCUGACCCCACAGCCCUACGGAGGGCUCUGCUGCUUCUGCUGGCACAUGAGUGAGGGGUGCCGGUUUGACGGGACAUGUGCUUGUGAAGCAUCCAUUUUUCUCCUGGUGAUUAUAUAAAACACUUUUUAUUCUAAAGUGAGCAGAUACUCACCGGAAUGCAAGUGAACAUUUGCACCAGCGAUUGAGAUGCAACUUGUGACAUCAUAGGAAUUUUAUGCCAAGUCCAGUGCUUCAAGCUCAGCCCCUGGCUACCUGAGGUGCCCUCUUCUCAGACCUCUGCCUUCAGAGGGAUGGUGACCAGGGACGCUCUGCCCCUGGACCAGCUCCUGGAUAGAACCUUCAUGGAGGCCAAGGAAGAUGGCCUUUCCCCAGUUUUUCAUCCCAUUGAGUUGCUUAAGGACAUUCAUCCAGUUUCUCUGCCCUAAAGUUUCCAAAUUUCUGACAGAUAUCAAUCUAGGAUUGGGGAUUGGAAACCUGGAAAUCUUAGGAACUCCUGAAAUCAUAUCAUUCUGUGUAUUUCCUAACUUUCUAUAUCUUUUUUUAAUAAAUAAGAAAUACACUUUUAGUAGCAGUUCCAAAGAAUUAUAGACUAUAGCAAAUGUUCAAAACCAGGAAAGUACCAGAAAACAUUACUGGGUAGGGUUAGGAUAACAAAAUGUUUUAAGCCUUCAACAAGAUCAACUGCACUACACAGAAUCAUGUGUUGAAAUUGCUGAUUUAAAGACUUGUGUCUAAAAGUUUUUCUCAGCACAUCAUUCAUAGGAUUUGUAUAGGAUAUAGAAUACAUUUAAACACAUUAAAUAUUUACUUUAAUUUGUGAGAAUGUCUCACUGAUAAGAGUAGAUGGGGGCCAUGAAUACCUUUUUUGGUUUGUUUGCUUUUAGUGACUUGUGGGAUCCUAGUUCCCUUGCCAAGGAUCAAACCCAGACCCACGGCAAUGAAUGCAUAGAGUCCUAACUACUGGGCCGUCAGGGAAUUCCCACAAAUAUGUUUUAAUAUGGCAACAACUACCCAAAAAAAACGUCAUUAGACUGUGACCCAUUCUCUCCUGUGUACUCCCAUCCUGAGUUCCAGAAAUGUCUACCUUAACCUUGGACUCUGUCAGAGUUACCUUCUCGUGCUUUCUGCUUGACAUCAGUGGAGUUCUUCAAACCGGGAAUGCCUCGAUGUUUAUUGUUAAGCAUUUGUUCUCACGUGAUUGGGAAGGACUUCUGCAUCAAAAUAACUCUUCUAAGCUGAGCGGGACUGGCAAGGCAGAUCUGCUGCAGAAAUAAUUAUCUCAUAUACAGUAAAGUCCACUCAUGAAGCUUCACCCUUUCAGGAGCCUUAGGACCAGAAAAGCCAGUUAUGGCUUCCAGCUCUGCCAGUUCCUGGCUGUGAGACCUUGGACAAGUCAGUUUACCUCUCUGAGCUUUGAUCUAAUGGAUAGAACGAUACCUGGAAGAUAAUGCACUUGCCUUGUGAGGCAGUACUGAAGAUGGAGGGUUAACAAUGUGGCUUUGGAGUCAGACAGGCUGAGGUUUGAAUACGUUAUUUACUACCUCUUUGAUCCGGGGCAAGGUCUAACCACUCUGAGCCUCAUUUUUUCUCUUCUGUAAAAUGGCAAAAAAAAAAAAAAAAAAAAACCUGAUGGAGCCCAUUUCAUAGGAUUUUGGUGAAUUUCAAUGAGAUCAUCUAUGAAAACACUUCACACAGAGCAUGGUACGCUGUGAAUGCUUGAUGCGUGUGGACCGGUGUAGUUAUUAUCUGCUGUAUCUACCUCACAGGGCAGUUGUGAGGAUGAAAGGGAGGUUACGGUGUGGAAGUCCUUCCUAAGCUGUGAAAUGGUCAUCCACUUGCCUUUCCUUCAGAGCUGAGAUGACCAGAAGCUACUGGCAGACCUCAGUGGUUUCUCCCAGGAAGGAGCCUGAGAACCUACCUGUACCCACAGAAGGUAGCUGUGUUGAGGUGGCAAUAUCACCAUGGUUACCUGAAAAAGGUUUAGUUGCAAUCAGGUAGGCAAACUCCAGCGUCAUCUGAUAGGGACUUGGAGGGAAAGACAGUCUUCAGAAGGAGGCUUUGGAAGGAGGACAGUAUAUAAGCCUCCCCACCUUGGGUUUGUUUAAUAGGGAUCAAAUCAAGAGAUGGGGACAUGUAAUAGAAAGUGGUGAGUGGGCUAUUUGACCAUUGUCUGAAGCCCUGUUAUUGGCUGAACUUAAGAAACAGUCCUGUUAGCCAGAACAACCCACCCUGCUCCUGCUGUGUCUGUACUUUCAUUCAUUCCUAGACGGCAGACCAAACAUGGAUCAAAGGGCUCUCCAAAGAUGAUCUUGGGAAAUUCUGAGAGCAGCCCCAUAAAGUAAAUACUAGCAUGAGUCCUGUUCUGCAGCUGAGGGCCUGGAGUCUGGGAAAGUUAAGUCUGUCGCCCAAAGUUACACAGCCGUUGUGGAGUCAGGAUUCAGACAGUCCGAACCCCUAGCCUUCGCCAGGCUUCCUCAGCUCACCAGGUGCCAGAUGCUGAGCUUGAACAUGAAGAAGGAAACAUAGAUGUGUGGGAUUCAGUGCCUCAAGGGGCCUCCUCUCGCCUUCUGUGACAACUCUCACAAUAUUAUGCCUAUUUUUCUGGACACUGUUUCUUUGCUUCCAGAGAUGGUUUCCUCUGCUUAGCCCUUAAGUCCAGGUUCUCUGGGCCCCAUCCUUGGACUCUUUUUCUUUUGUACAGAACUGUGAGAGAUCUUAAAGUCCACAGCUUCAACUGCUGAUCAUAUCUUCUAUUUUUUUUUUUUUUUAAUUCUUUGGCUGUGCCAUGUGGCUUAUGGGAUCUUAGUUCCCUGACCAGGGAUCAAACCCGGGCCCUCAGCAGUGAAAGCACAGAGUCCUAACCACCGGACCACCAGGGAAUUCUUCAUCUCCUUCUAAUCUAGACUGCCCCUUUGAGCACCAGCGCAAUGUAGCCAACUGCCUCCUUGAUAACCUCUCUGAUGCUCCAGGCUCCUAACUGAAUUCAUCCUCUCCCCCUUACCCUGUCGUUCCUCCUGAGUCCUCCUUCCUUCUUACCAUGGCCUCCUAGUUUCAAACACUGUUGUGGGGGUGAAGAACCCCAGAAGCCUUCCCAGACAAAGCCUCUUGAGUCAGUUCUUGGGGCUAGAGAGAGACUGUGAGGUGUGUUUUCUGAGAGCUGCCGAUGGUUUGAGGGUGAACUUAGAGGGUGGAUGGCAUCACUUAAUCAACUGUCUGCUAGUGCCUGGCAGUCGGCAGGGUCUAGUAACGGAAGUGGAGGAUACAUUCAUGAAUGAAACAGACAGGAUCCCUAGCUUCAGGGAACUUUCAGGCCAUAGAGAAGAUGGACCUCACGCAGUCCUCCCCAAAUACAGACUCUUACAAACUGUGACAAUUAUCAUGAAGAAAUUUUAAGUGUGCUAUGAAAGAACCUGGUAACUCUAUACUGGGUUGGAGGGUGGGGAGCUCAAAGGUCAUUUUGAGAAAGGGACAGUUACUGUAUUCCUGAGAAUUGAGUUGAGGGAACAAUUCCAUUUAGAAGUUAACAGUAGGGUGCUGCACACAGGCCCAGAGGUGGGCAAGAAUUUGGUGCAUUGGGAAAACGGAAAGCAACUCUCGUCUAUGGAGCUGAGUGUGCUGGGACAUGUGGCUGACGCAAGACUGGCCUGGCUGACUGGGGACGGUGGCAGGUGCCUUGUGGGCCAUGCAAGGAGGCUGGAUUUCUUGGUUUAACUUUUUAUUUGGAAAUAAUUUUGAAGUUACAGAAAAGUACGAAGAGCAUCUAUAUGUCCUUUACUCCAAACUUCUGUUAAAAUUGCUUGUUCUCUCUCUAUAUAUAGUAUAUACAUGGGACUUUUAUUCGGAACUAUUUGAGAAUCAGUUGCACACAUCUUGUUCCUUUACCGUGGUGGUUGUUAUUGUUCAGUCACUAAGUCUCCUCCGACUUUUGUGACCCCAUGGACUGUAGCCCACCAGGCUUCUCUGU